UCCUCAGAUGACGUUGCCUUGGACUAGCGGACAGGGGUCUACGGGCUGGCAGCCGGCAGUAUAACUGUGGCUCAGGCAGGGCUCAGAGAUUGUCAGUUCACUCACUGCCCUCAAUCAGUCACAUCCAGGACCUUCAAAGCCAAAGAACAGGAGACAUGUCGGCAAAACUGGUCUUAGCCCUCAUUGUGGCACUCCAAGUGUCCACAUGCUUGUGCGCCCCCGAGCCCGACAAGGAGCUGGUGGACAAGUAUGAGGACAUGAAGGCCACCUUCUACAAGAGGAUACUGGCCGCCUACGGCAAGGUGCAGGCCGCCGUGGUUCCCCUGGCAGAGGGCAUGGAGCACGGGUCCGUGAUCAAGGAGUACGCCACGACCCUGCACGCAGAUCCCAAGAUGCAGAGCGCCAUCAAAGCCCUGACUGGCAUGGCAGGUGAGCUGACACCUCUGGUGGACAAGGCCCGCACCGGCGCCCUGGGAGUGUACGGCGAAUACCUGCGCCCCUACAUUGGCACCUACCUGGAUCAUGCCAUCCAGGGCAUCAAGCCCGUGCUGGACGCUGUGUUGCCCGCUGAAGAGUAGAGCUGCUCUCCGGCCAACCUCAACCCAUGAAAGACCCCCCUCUCUGCAAGCCUGUAGACACGCUAAUGCCACCUGAUGUUUGAGAUGUAUAGAAAAUACACCAGCGCGUGCAGAGCAAUAAUUACAAAUGUGAAGAAAAUGUGCUAAUUGCAACUGAUUUAAUUCUAGUCAAGGCAUUGCAAAAACCAAUAUAGUGUUGCAACUGUGUGCAUGUAUAUACCUGUGGAUGGGAAUGAUGGAUGAGGAGGAUAUCAUCAGUGAGUCUUUGUGUGUUUGUCCUGAGUGAAUAAACUGAACUUAUUAACUCAAA